AUGUUGGCAGAUCUCAUAGAAGUUCCUUAUGUAGACCCUCCUUUAUUGCAAAAAUCUAAAGUUUCCAGAGAAAAACUUGCGACUGAUCAUAGAGGGAGUUACAAACCUUAUGUUAAAGAAGCUAUUAUUAAGAAUGUUCUUUUAAACACUAACUCAGCUCCACUUGUUGGGUUGGUGUUUGAUAUGUUUUGUUCAUCAAUUGUAGAUGUGGGAAAUGAACUCGGUGUUCCUUCUUAUUUGUUCUUCACUUGUAAUGCAGAUUUUCUUGGUCUCAUGUUGUACCUUCCAGGUCGAGAUGAUGAAGUUGGAAGAGAGUUUGAAGAGUUUGAUUCUGAUUAUAUAAUUCCUGGUUAUGUUAAUCCAAUUCCUAGCAGAAAUUUUCCUUUGUUUUUGUUUAACAAGUAUGGUGGUUAUGAUACAUUUGUGAAGCAUGGAAGAAGAUUCAAGGAGACCAAAGGGAUUUUUGUCAACACAUUUGAGGAGUUGGAGGCUCAUGUUGUUAAGUGUUUGUUGAAUGAUUUUGAUCAUAUGCCACCUAUUUACACAGUUGGACCGAUGAUUGAUCUCAAGAGUGAGAGUGACAAGGGAGCUUUGGAGAAGAGCAAGCGAAACAAUUGCAGUCGGAUUGGAGCAAAGUGGGGUGAGGUUCUUGUGGUCAAUACUGGGACUUCACUUGGGAAGAUUUCCACUUGGGGAACUUACACUUGGGGUCGAGAUGAGGAGAUGGAAGACUGGGCCUUGGUCCUGGUCCAGGCUAAUGAGGGAGGGGGACUUAGUAUCCCUUCUAAGGUCAAGCAUUACCUGUAUCUGUGGCUGGGUUUCUUGUGGUGUUUUUACAACAGUGCUGACAGAGGAAGGGCAACUUUGGAUGGGGAGUUGCACAAUUUGGAAUCACUCUCUUAA